CUUGAAAAAAAAUCAUGCACUCAAUGACCUCAUUCAAAAUAGAGAAACUGAAGCCCAGAAAGAUGGUGUGAUAUACAGAAGGCCAUCAGCCAGUGAUCGUUGGAGCUGCUAAAGAAAUGUCAAAGAUUGGGAGUUUCGAAGGAUUCCAGCCUGUGUCUCUGAAGCAAGAGGGAGAAGACCAACCCUUGGAAACUGAUGAGCUGUCCACAGAAGUAGGGGACUCAGGCAUGGACUCAGCACCAAGGCAGAUGUCAAGGCAGCCAAGUGUGACCAAAUCGACACUCUACCCCAACCCUUAUCACCAGCCUUAUAGCUCACGGAAGUACUUCGUUACACGGCCAGGGGCCAUUGAGACUGCCAUGGAAGACUUGAAAGCCCACAUAGCCAAGACUUCUGAAGAGAAAAUCCAAGGCUUCUGGCUGUUGACAGAGAUAGACCACUGGAACAAUGAGAAGGAGAGGAUUUUGCUGAUCACAGACAAGACUCUCAUGAUCUGCAAAUAUGACUUCAUCAUGCUCAGCUGCGUGCAGUUGCAGCACAUUCCGCUGACUGCUAUUCAUCGCAUUAGCCUGGGCAAGUUUGCCUUCCCGGGUAUGUCACUGGACAGGAGACAAGGAGACGGCCUUAGGAUCUACUGGGGGAGCCCAGAACAGCAGUCUCUUCUGUCCCGAUGGAACCCGUGGUCCACUGAGAUGCCUUAUGCUACCCUCUCUGAGCACCCUGUGAAACACACCAGUGAGAAGUUCCUCGAAAUUUGCAAGUUGUCUGGGUUCACAUCUAAGCUUGUUCCAGCUAUCCAGAAUGCACUCAAGAGUUCCAGUGGAUCUGAAAGAGGAAAGGGACUGAUGGUGUUAACUGAACCCAUUUUGAUUGAGACCUACACGGGGCUGAUGUCAUUCAUUGGAAACCGCAACAAACUUGGUUAUUCCCUUGCCCGUGGGAGCAUUGGUUUUUGAGACUCUCUUUGAUGUACAAGUACAUCAUCCCUAGAUGUGUCAUUAUUGAAGAUUUGGGUUCAGCUGCCAUAUUUUUGGACUGCAACAACUACUUUUAAAUAGUAUCGCAUGCUUUUGAAUAUUUAGUACCUUAGGACAUCUAAACAGCUUGAUUAGAAUGAUAGAUGCACACUUCAGACCUCACAUAAUGAUGAUCAAAUUUCCUAAAACCAGAAAAGAAAUUCUCCGAAGCCCAUCAGAUAAUGUUAUCAAAUGAAUAGCUGAUCAUAAACUCAGGGCAGACUCUGGGUUCUGGCUCCCCUGUCUUCUAGAUGUAGGCAUUUUCCAAGUCUUGAUCUUCUGCCUUCUGAUGAUGAUCUUGUCUUUCAUUGGAGUCUCACUGUCUAUAUUAUUUCAACUACUCUUUUUAUUAGAAUGAGUUCCAAAUACAUAUUUGCACCCUUGAUAUUUCUUCAAGAGUCAAUUUUGUACCUGUGUGUGUAUAUAUAUACGUAUCAGUGAUGGCCUCUCACAUUCAGCAUCUUCAAAUUCAUGGAUUUCUCUGUGGCAUUUUUAUGGCCCAGUCAUCAUCCUAGAAAUCCAUCAGUCUUGAAUUCCCUGCCAAAUACCUCCCCUGUAGUAGCUGUCUUAGUCUGUAUGGGCUGAUAUAACACCACCACAGAUUGGAUGGCUUAUAAACAACAGAAAUUUCUUUCUCACUGUUCUGGAGGCCGGAAUUCUGUUUGCGAUCAGGGCGCCUGGACGGUCAGGUGAGGGCACUGUUCCCAGGUUGCAGGCUUCUUGUUAUACCCUCACAUGGUAAAGGGGCAAAGGUGUUCUCUUGUGCUUCUUUCACAAGGGUGUUAAUCUCAUCCAUGAGGCCUCUGCCCUUAUAACCUAAUCACUGUCUAAAGACCCCACCUCUUAAUACCGUCAUAUUAAACUUUAGGAUUUCAACAUAUAAAAUUUGGGGGGACACAAACAUUCCCACCAUAGCAGAACCACAUCUGUAUGUGGCUUAGCAUUGUACCCCAGAGCCCAGAUAGUGAACUGUUCAUUCUUCUUUCAAAAAUGUUCAUAUACUCCUCCUUUCCAUUCUCACAGGUAUAUUAUUAGAUCAACUUUUUAAUUCUGUUCACCUGGAUAAUGGCUAUAGUCUGCUUUUUGUCUUUUUUUUUAAAGGUCAUUGUCUUUUAAUUGGUAUCCUCACUCCAAGGCUACCCCCUUCUAAUCCAUCCUGCUCUUGGUUGCCAGAGUCCUAAAGCACAAUUUGAUUAUAUAAUUCCCUAAGAAGUUUCAAUAGCUCAUUUCCCUUUGCAGUGUUUUGUUCAAACAUUUUUUUUUCUAUAGCAGACCCUUUCAUUCUAAUAGAUGCCCAAUAUGUAAAACGGAUAAAAGAGGGGCCAACAUGAUUGAAGGGGAGGUGGGAAGCCCACUGGUCUUUUUAUGUGGGUCUCAGAGGGGCCUCCUAUGGAAUGUCCAUGGAUCCAGAGGGUUUCGCAGUUUCCAAAGGAGGUAUCAUAAGUUUGAUUAGGAAUAGGAGUACACACAAGAGGUGUUAAGUACCAGCAUAUCAUCAUAAAAAUGUCAUAGUCAGCCAUCUUUUUAACCUGCUCUUUUUUUUUUUUAAUUUUGUUAAAUUUAUUAGGGUGACCUUGGUUCAUAAGAUUAUAUAAUUUUGUCCUAACUCAUUCUAUAUUUCAAUUGCUCUUUUCUCUCUUAUUUCCUCUUCAUCUCUCCUUGACUUAUAUCUAAUUUUGAACAACUUGGGAGAUUAUCUCAUCUUUUAUCAUCUCUUCAAGUUUCUUUUAUUUUUCAAUUUUUCAAUUUUAUUUGUAAUUUAUUUUGAAAAGAAUGUUGAACACUAUAAGUAUUACAAUCAGCUCUUUGCCUGUCCCAAGACCCAAAGUUGAGACACCUUGGUUGGUAUUCAAAUGAAAAAUUCCAAGUAAUUUUUCUUUUUUUUCUUAUGUGGAGUCUAUUUUGAAGUCUUUUCUUUGGAAAAACGUACUUCCUCAAUUCCAAAGAUCUGUCUGCCCUCUGAUACAUUUGCAAACAUCAAUUUGAUGCAAGCAUUGAAAGCCCAAGCCUUGAAUAAACCUCAUUUUAUUUUGUCUUUGUUUACUUCCAUUAGUAUUUCUCUCCCUCCCUCUCUUUUCCCUUCACAGCCCCCACGUUUUCCCCCCAUGAUGGCAAAUAUUGUUACAGUCCCCAAGGCAGGGAACUUCUAUUCAGACUGUAAAAGGAAAUGUUGAAAUUCUUAGCUGUCCUGUCAACAGUAGUGGAAUGAAAAGUCGUUGGAUUGUUUUGGCAGUCAUUCUGAAGUAGACAUAAUUGGCAAAUUAUUAUAACCCUGUUGCCCGAAAAUCCCCAUUUGCCUCAAGAUAGUGGCAUUUGUUGGCAGAAGCCUCUGAAAUGUCCAGCCUAUUCUUUUGAGUUACCAUUUAAGGAUCAGCCUGACAAUUGACUUCUUUCUGCACAGUUGUCCCCUUUGUGACCUAAGUAGGACUGUUCCCAAAUGACCCUCUAAACGACACAGUGCAUCAUCAAUGGAAUCAAAUCAGAAAAGAUGAGAGGAGGCAGAUGUCUCUUAGCCUUGAGGUCCAGUCUGUAACAACAGGAUAAGCAUUUAAUAAGACAAAAGUUGUUUACUGUAGAGAAAAGUGAACUCAGAGAUGACAGGAGAACUAUCUUGAUUAUUUUGCAAAGACUGUCUUCUGGGACAUCCCAUAAAGUAAUAAAUGGGAUCUGGAAAGCAGGAUUAUGAUCAUGAGAGAAUACAGGAAUUUGGAUGACAAUUUAAGAUAAGAAUCAACUUCUUACCAUUAGAAAUGUCCAAAAACUGAAUGGCUUGCUCCUUGAAAUAGUAAGCACCCUAUUGCUUGAUGUGUUCAAGUAGGGACAGAUAACGUGGAUAUUGUGAAAGGGAUUGCUGAAGAGAUGAUUGAUGUAAUCCUUUAACCUAUGAUUUUUAUAUUUCUUCAAAUAAUUGUUGCUAUUGAUUAGGUUAGUAGACUUUUUUUCUGGAAAGAAUUGAAUCUGUCCUGUGAGACCCUGGAAAAUUACCUUAACUUUUUAAUU